AUGCCUCACGAUCGCACGCAGCUCCUCGAUCAUGUUGUUAACCUGGAUCAUGCCCCCUCGAAACCUCGCGGAGAAAAGUUGUAUUGUGAUUUCAUCCCAGCUGGGCAGACGACUCCUUGCGGAAAAGGUUUUGAUCGGGGUGAACAUCUCAAACGCCAUUUACUGUCACAUAGUGGGGAGAAGCCAUUCAGUUGUAACCUCUGCGGUCGAAAUUUUAGUCGCAAUGAGUAA